AUGAGCAUAGAACUAGGACUUUCUCGAAUAACUAAUCUACUAUCACACUUGGGAAACCCUCAGGACAAAUUUAGAGUUUUGCAUGUUGCAGGAACGAAUGGCAAGGGAUCAGUGUGCUCUCUUCUGCAGUCGGUCUUGCAGCAGAAUACUCUAAAUUUAGUGGGAAAAUUCACAUCACCACACCUGAUUCACAUUACUGAUUGCAUCAGUGUUAAUAACAAGCCAAUAUCUACUUUGGAUUUCAAUUCUAUUCGCACUCGCCUGGACCAUAUGAACGCAGCUCAUCAAAUAGGUUGUACCGAAUUUGAGCUUCUAACUUGCACAGCGCUGGAAUAUUUCCACCUCAAAAAGUGCAACUGGUGCGUACUGGAAGUUGGGUUAGGGGGCAGAUUAGACGCCACGAAUUGUACCGUUGGGUCUCAAAAAGUUUGUGGAAUAACCAAAAUUGGUAUGGAUCACCAAGGGUUCCUGGGAAACACUUUGCAAGAAAUCGCCGCCGAAAAAGCUGCAAUUGUAACUUCAGGUGUCCCUUUCGUCGCUGUUGAUGGCACAAAUGACAAGCGUGUUCUGGAUAUUGUGGAGAAACGUGCAAGCCUUGUGGGCGCAACGUUUUCGCCUACAACAACUCGUAUAUCGGGGCAUUUUAUCCAUACAGAUUCAUGGGGCAAAGUGGCGAGAGAAGCUGUAGCGCUCAAUGGCGAUUAUCAAAAGUCGAACGUUGCCGUCGCCCUUUCAAUGCUUGACUUUCUUCAGCGUGAAGAUCAGGUUUCAAUUUCAAGAGAAGAAUUAAUAGAUGGCCUAAAGACCGUGAGUUGGCCAGGUAGACUACAAAAUGCGGAAUUGAUACUUCCGCAAGGCCAGCAAACUUUGAAGAUAUUAUUAGAUGGUGCUCACAAUGGAGACGCGGCCGAGGCUCUCGCAUCAUACAUAAAGGAGCACGUUCGUCGCGACUCAGAACCAUUAAGGUUUUUGGUUGCAGUUACGCAGGGGAAAGAUCUUGAACCACUUCUUUCGCCUUUGAUUAGAUCCUGCGAUGAGGUCGUUGUCACAAAGUUUGGGCCUGUAGAUCGCAUGCCUUGGAUAUCUGCAAUGGAUCCCUCUGAUCUUGCCAGGUUCGUUUCAAAGUACACUGACCACGUAUUAAUACAGCCUAAUUUACAAGAUGCGGUUGCUUACCUACAGAAUACGUCCCCAAGGCAGACGGUAAUUUGCGGCUCUCUGUAUCUUUGUGGACAAUUGCUACAAAGCACAGAAGUCAAAUGGUGA